AUGACCUCUUUACUAUCUUUGUCCCGGUUCGUUCGCACCUCUGCCUGGAUACCCCGAUUCAGCAUCGUCUCUAGUAAGGGAGAGAAGAAACCCAUAUGCAAACAACACCGCCGCGCGUCAUCCACCACCGCGUUACACUCCAAAGAUUCCAACGAGGGUGGGAUUCUUUACGAGCCUUUGGAAGAUGUAGAAAGAUUUGAGAACUAUCGACGGGGUGGGUAUCAUCCUGUCUGCAUUGGCGACCUGUUCCACGGCCGAUAUCGCGUGGUUCAUAAGCUCGGCCACGGCUCAUAUUCGACUACAUGGUUGGCACAAGAUGAGCAGCUCAAGAGAUAUGUUGCAGUCAAGGUCUGCACGGCAGAGUCUGACCCACGCGAAAUUGAUACCCUCUCGGUCCUCACGAAUGUGAGAGAAGCCUCCAAUCACAGGCCGGGGCAGGAUAUGCUACCACCCGUUCUCGAUAGGUUUGAUAUACACGGUCCGAAUGGUGCUCAUGGCUGCUAUGUUACUGCACCUGCGAGAAUGAGCCUGUCAGAUGCAAAAGAUGGGUCUUGGGAAGGGUUAUUUCAGAUGAGUGUUGCUCGCGCCGUGGCUGCGCAGCUUGCGAUUGUUAUCGAACAAGUUCACUCCAGAGGUUUUGUCCACGGCGAUCUACACUUGGGUAACGUCCUGUUUCAAUUACCAAAGGGUCUUGAUGAACUUUCUGUUCCACAGUUAUACGAAAAGUACGGCGCACCGGUCUCUGAGACUGUGGUCCGUCUAGAUGGAAAACCUCUGUUACCAGGCGUGCCAAACCACUCUAUUGUACCAAUCUGGCUAGGAAAGGCGAGUGAAGAUCUCACGCUCAGUCAAGCCGGGAUCAUUCUUACAGACUUUGGCGAGGCGUAUGCACCAUCCGUCGAGAAGAGACACUGGUCUCAUACGCCUCUGGCUGUCCGUCCACCCGAGGUUCGCUUCGAACCCACAAUACCUUUGUCCUUCCCCUCGGAUAUAUGGACACUAGCCUGUUCCAUCUGGAGUACCGUUGCCCAGCGGCCAUUAUUUGAAAACUUCCUUGCGACGGAAGACUACAUCACCCGUGAGCAAAUCGAUACCCUGGGUAAACUACCCGCGGCGUGGUGGGAGAAAUGGGAAGCUCGGCGGGAAUAUUUUACAGAAGAAGGCAGUAGUCUGAAAAUGGAUUCCGUGAGAUCGUGGGAUGACCGUUUCGAGGACAGUGUUCAACAACCUAGACAAAAGGCGGGUAUGCCGCCUGUGGACACAGGAGAAAGGGAAGCUCUUUUUGCCAUUCUGCGGUGGAUGUUGUCAUUCAGGCCUGAGGAUCGGCCCAACGCACGACAGGUCCUGGAGUCGGAAUGGAUGGCUAGAUGGGCCAUGCCUGAAUAUGAGAGAAUGAAGAACUCUGUUUGA